CCCCUUAUGGGGGUCUGUGACAGCAUAUUAAACACUUUGGUGGGUUUUUAUCUGGCACAUUAAUACAGCCCAAAGUAUCCAGAUAUCAAAUUCUUGGGAUAUUUUUGGGGUAUCAAAUUUCAGAGAUCAUCCAUCUCUGUAGCACCACCUACAGGCCAAACCUAAAGUGGAAUAUUGGCUACCCACCAAGUUUCCUGAAAUGCCUACAACUUUGGAACCAAAGCAGUGCUACAGGUUGUGUCUCAGAUAUGAUGUUCUGCAGGGUUCCUCACCACCUCCUGCUUUUACUCAUCCUCACAUUCAUCACAGUUCCUGUAUCAGCUGUCACUACUGUAAAGGUGGGGUUUAAUCAGACUGCUGCUCUGCCCUGUGAUCUGACGUGUUCUCAUCAGGUCACAUGGACUCCAUUUAAUAACCCAGGUUAUGUAGUGGCUCAGUGUGAUCAGACAUCCUGCAGGUCAGCAGAAGGAUUUAACAUCUCCCAUGAUCAGUAUCUGAAGGGAAAUAUGACCCUCACCAUCACUGCAGCUGAUGACAGUAAGAGGAACAUGUACACGUGUCAGUGUGAUGGCAAAGACAUUAAUGAUGUGCGUCUCAGCAUCGAGUCCAUCAUAUCAUCAGUUCAGACGAUUCCUGGUGAAGAUCUACAGCUGAAUUUGCACAUAUCAGACCAAGUGGAGGUGACCUAUGGGGUUGGAGUUCAACAUGGUGUACAGAUCUGCAGUGUGUAUAAAAGAUCACUAGACUGUACAGCUGAAUACACACAGAGAACAUCACUCACUAACACACUUCUUACACUGAGAGAAGUAAAGAGGACUGAUGAUGGAGUUUACAUCAUCAGAGACACGGAGUAUAACGAGACCCUUCAUAUUUACUUUGUAACAGUAAGAGCCAUCAUAUCAUCAGUUCAGACGAAUCCUGGUGAAGAUCUACAGCUGAAUUUGCACAUAUCAGACCAAGUGGAGGUGAUCUUUAAACACACAGAUUCAGCAGAUCCGCAUGGUGAACAGAUCUGCAGUGUGUAUAAAAGAUCACUAGACUGUACAGCUGAAUACACACAGAGAACAUCACUAAAUAACACACUUCUUACACUGAGAGAAGUAAAGAGGACUGAUGAUGGAGUUUACAGCAUCACAGACACGAAGUAUAACGAGACCCUUCAUAUUUACUCAGUAACAAUAAGGGAUCAGAACAAAGAUCAGGAGUCUGCUCUACCAGUGUGGGCGAUCAUCCUGAUAGUGGUGGUGGUGGUGGUGGUGGUGGUGCUUCUGGUUGCUACACUGAUUGUGUUAAUCCUGAACCGGAGGACAAAACCUAUCCGAAAAGCAUAUAUUAUCACCCCUCGUCGUUAACGCUGUUAACAGUUGUGAACGACUCGCCCAGAACGUCCAGAACCUGCUUCACAUCACCUGGGGAUUAUAAAGAAAUAUUUGUUGGGAAACUGGACAAGUAUUUAUGAAAGUUUUGAGCUGUGUGUCAUUUAGAAACCGGAGUAAGUAGUGACACCGUGUGGAUAUGUAGAAAAUUACAGCUAAAUGUAUAAAUCACUGCUCUGACACUUUACUUCAUAUCCGGUUUAAUCAGCUCCAUAAUAACUGCAUGCAGGCUACUGAGGCAUGAGAAGCAUUAAGGUAUAACAGCAUCUCAUAUGUUUAUUUAUAUAUGUGUGUAAAAUGGUUAAUUAGUCUGUUCUUUAUAUUUAAUUCUAACUAUUUACAGUCUACAGAUAGUUUAAUGCUCUUUCUGAACGUAACAGUAAAUUAUGCAUUAGUAAUAAUUGUGUGUAAUUACAGUCUUUAGACAGCUGAGAAGUGAUUUCACACAUUAACAGAUCUGUUAACUGACUCCAGAAUGAAUCUUCAGUGGAACAGUGGAGGAGAGACAUUACAAUAAUUUAUUUAUUGUUUUUUUUAGGCAUUUUCACACUUUCACAAUGAAUUGCACACAAAGUUUGAUAAAUGAGACUCCACACCUUUAAAUAUAAUAGUUCGUAAUCUGUUGUUUUAGUAAGAUUAACAUUCAUUAUGAUCUCAGAUGUACCCUCUUUUAACACCUUUUAUUUCAUUGUGUCUGUGUUCUGUAAAGAAAUGACGGAAUAAUGUAAAUAAAUAAAUAAAUGUUUGUGUUGCCCUGACUGA